AUUUCGUGACGUUACGAGGACCAUUUCCGAACACACUGGCGGGAGUGUGAACGUUAUCCUCUAGCUACAAAAUAACCGAGAACUACAAACAAAACACCUGCCAAAGCAAGCUUUUGUUUAUUUUAUUUUGAAAAAGAAUCUAGCGCCAAGCAGGUGUUAUAUUGCAAGCAAUUGAAAUUGACUAAGUUUGCAGGAGAGAAGACGAUAACAACCACCAGAAGACGCCACCACACGUAUCUUUAGUCAAAUACUGAAUUGUUUAACGUUGGCUAGUUUAUUAUUUUCCGUCCUGCCUUUAUCUGCAACGUUAAGGGAGAUAAACGAGCUAAAUUCGAUUAAUUUUCAAAUUAUUAAUCUGCUACCCUUUCAAGACUACUGAAAAUAAAUGGCUAAAGUUCAAGUGUUGAAUGUCGCUGUGUUGGAUAACCCAAGUCCUUUUGGGAACCCGUUUCAGUUCGAGAUUACGUUCGAGUGCAUGGAGGAUUUACCGGAGGACCUGGAGUGGAAGAUCAUCUACGUGGGCUCAGCAGAGAGUGAGGAGUAUGAUCAGACUCUGGACUCAGUUCUGGUCGGACCGGUACCAGCAGGCAGACACAUGUUCGUGUUCCAGGCGGAUGCCCCCAACACCGGGCUGAUUCCUGAGAGUGAUGCUGUGGGGGUAACCGUGGCGCUCAUCACCUGCACCUACAACGGACAGGAGUUCAUCCGUAUCGGUUACUAUGUCAACAAUGAAUACACCGACCCAGAGCUCCGAGAGAACCCACCAGUCAAACCAGACUACACACAGCUGCAGAGGAACAUCCUGGCCUCUAACCCCCGUGUGACCCGGUUCCAUAUCAACUGGGACGGCUGUUCAGACAAGAUGGAGGACAGUGAGAACGUAGACCCCUCCCCCAACAGCAGCAGUAGCAGCAGCAUGGUGCCCUCCUCCUGUUUAGCUGGCAAGGCGUUACCUGUAGGACUGCUGUCUGGUAACUCGAUGGACUGUCUGUAGAACACAGCCACCCCUCCAGCAUUGCCUUGCCACGUUCUACUCCAGCAGUCUUUGGCAGGAAGGUUGAGUCACUUAUUAUAAACCAGCUGUACUGUAGGGUGUACGGUCUGCCUCCUUCACACAGCAACACCUCCCUCUGUCUCCCCUGGCACUGGCACCCUAUUCCCUCCAUAGUGCACUACCUUUGUAAACAGGGCCCUCUGCUCCAAUGUAGUGCACUACCUUUGUAAACAGGGCCCUCUGCUCCAAUGUAGUGCACUACCUUUGUAAACAGGGCCCUCUGCUCCAAUGUAGUGCACUACCUUUGUAAACAGGGCCCUCUGCUCCAAUGUAGUGCACUACCUUUGUAAACAGGGCCCUCUGCUCCAAUGUAGUGCACUACCUUUGUAAACAGGGCCCUCUGCUCCAAUGUAGUGCACUACCUUUGUAAACAGGGCCCUCUGCUCCAAUGUAGUGCACUACCUUUGUAAACAGGGCCCUCUGCUCCAAUGUAGUGCACUACCUUUGUAAACAGGGCCCUCUGCUCCAAUGUAGUGCACUACCUUUGUAAACAGGGCCCUCUGCUCCAAUGUAGUGCACUACCUUUGUAAACAGGGCCCUCUGCUCCAAUGUAGUGCACUACCACAUAACAGGUUGCCAUGUCAGACUCCUGAUCCAAACAGUCCUGUUGUGUGUCUUCUUGUUUUAAAACUUAACUUCACACCUGGACUGGUUUCCAUAGCAACACAGCUAAAGCUCAGGCCCUGCUUCAAUACUGUAGAAAUGCGUCCCUGUUUCCUUGAGGUGAGCAGGGUACCUGGAAGUGAUUUGUAUCAGUGGAAACAAGGAGACCACACUAUUACUUUACCUGUCCAACCAAUCCCCAAUCUGUAUUUACUUCCACCUGUCGAACCAAUCCCUGAUCUGCAUUUACUUCCACCUGCCCAACCAAUCCCUGAUCUGGGAUUACUUCCACCUGUCCAACCAAUCCCCGAUCUGCAUUUACUUCCACCUGUCCAACCAAUCCCCGAUCUGGAAUUACUUCCACCUGUCCAACCAAUCCCCGAUCUGGAAUUACUUCCACCUGUCCAACCAAUCCCCGAUCUGGAAUUACUUCCACCUGUCCAACCAAUCCCCGAUCUGGAAUUACUUCCACCUGUCCAACCAAUCCCCGAUCUGGAAUUACUUCCACCUGUCCAACCAAUCCCCGAUCUGGAAUUACUUCCACCUGUCCAACCAAUCCCUGAUCUGGGAUUACUUCCACCUGUCCAACCAAUCCCUGAUCUGCGAUUACUUCCAGGAAGGUAGGCCUCUAGAGGGAGACUGAGUUGUCUCUAGGAAAAAGCCUCACCCUACAGGGUGACUCCAGGACUGUUCAUGCCUCAAUUCCAUUUCAAUUCAGGAAGUACUCUGUAACUCCACUUCAAGUCAAGGCUUUUCAAUGAAGAAAAAUGUAGAAUUGGAUGUAGAAUUUAAAAGGACUUGAUCCCGAACCUGGUCUGUGUCCAAAAUGUCAGUCUGUUCCCUACAUAGUGCACUACUUUUGACUAGACUUGUCCGGGGCCCAUAGGGCUGUUGUCAAAAGUAGGGCACUAUGUAGGGGAUAGGGUGCCAUUUGGGAGGCAACAUGUGUUGUAGUUGGGGGAGGGGUUUGUUUAUGUCAGUCAUGUGACUGUUGGGGGAGGGGUUUGUUUAUGUCAGUCAUGUGACUGUUGGGGGAGGGGUUUGUUUAUGUCAGUCAUGUGACUGUUGUUACUUUACUGUAUAUACCUUUGAUUCAUUAGCACUUAAGAGAUGUCGUGGGUUUGUUUUGUAUUUUGUUUUGCAUUGUAAUAUUUGUAACAAUGAAAGUAAUAAUAAUAAACAUUUGUUGUUUUUAAAA